AUGUCCCACGAGUACGAUACAGUUGCACCGCCAAAUGCGAAGCGCAUGAAGACGGAUAAUCAAUUGGAGGACAAGAAGAUUUUGUACGUUGUACUGGAAGGAUGUAGUCUUGAAACUGCAAAAGUCGGUGGAGAAUACGCAAUUUUGAGCAGUGAUAAACACGCGAAUUUUCUGAGAAAACAGAAAAAAGAUCCGGCUGAUUAUCGGCCAGAUAUCCUACAUCAAUGCUUGUUGAAUCUACUUGAUAGUCCGCUUAACAGAGCCGGAAAGCUUCGUGUCUUCUUUAGAACGAGCAAGAAUGUGCUCGUUGAUGUCUCACCACAGUGCAGAAUUCCAAGAACUUUUGAUCGAUUCUGUGGACUUAUGGUCCAACUCCUGCACAAACUCUCCAUUCGAGCCGCCGAAACCACUCAAAAGCUGAUGUCAGUAGUGAAGAAUCCAGUGUCGAACCAUCUUCCAGUGGGAUCCCGUAAGAUGCUCAUGUCGUUCAAUGUACCUGAGCUAACAAUGGCUAAUAAGCUUGUUGCACCGGAAACCGACGAGCCUCUGGUCCUUAUUAUCGGUGGAAUUGCUCGUGGAAAGAUCGUCGUCGAUUACAACGAUUCUGAGACCAAGAUCAGCAAUUAUCCAUUGAGUGCAGCGUUGACUUGUGCCAAAGUGACCAGUGGACUUGAGGAGAUUUGGGGAAUUAUUUAAUUGAUUUUUUGCAGUUUUUUCAUUUUAUUGUUGUCUGUUUUUGUUACUAUCUUCAUCUUAUAAAGUGCAAAAUCACUUUUUUUUUUCGAAAAAAAAUGCCGUUUUUUUGUAAAUUUCAAUGUCUAUUUCUUACUUUUACACUGAAAUUGUUUUAAAAAAAUCAAAUAUUCUAAAAACCCAAAAAAUUAGUUUUUUCUUUGAUUUUCCUUUCGUAGAGUUCUCUUUUUUUUUUAUUUUUUCAGUUUUAUUAGGUAGUAAUUUAAAACGUUUUAAAAUUUUACAAUAUUUGGCAUAAAAUUCGGCAAAAACUUUUUUUUUUCAGAAAAAUUCUAAAUAAAAAAGUCCAGGAGCCUAACU